UCCUGGAGGCCCGGAGCAAAGGCGCUGGCUUGGUUGGCUGGGCUUAUUAGGAGGGGUGGGUGACGAGUGCCCCUGAGGACCGGCUGAACCGCUUGCUUGGGCCCGCUCAGGAUGAGGAUGCGCUGGGCGACCCCUCGCCGUGCGGCGAAGCUCCUUGUGCUGCUCCUCCCGUGCUUGGGGCUGGUGGAGCCCUCUGGCCGCGCAGGUAAUGAUUCAUUCACCAUCGUCAAUGGAAACACAGGCAAGUGCAUCAAGCCACUGAACAACUGGAUAGUAGCCGUGGACUGUGACCAAACCAAGGACAUGUUUUGGAAAUGGGUGUCCCAGCAUCGGCUCUUCCAUUUGCAGUCCCAGAAGUGCCUCGGCCUUGAUAUCACCAAAUCCACAGAUUCCUUGAGAAUGUUCAGCUGCGACUCGAAUGUCAUGCUGUGGUGGAAGUGUGAGCACCAGUCUCUGUAUGGGGCUGCCCAGUUCAGGUUGGCUCUGAAGGAUGGACAUGCCAUAGCAAGCACAAAUUCAUCUGACGUCUGGAUGAAAGGAGGCUCGGGGGAAAACCUCUGUGACCAGCCUUACCAUGAGAUCUAUACUAGAGGUGGGAACUCCUAUGGGAGACCUUGUGAAUUUCCAUUCUUAGUGAAUGGGACCUGGCAUCAUGAGUGCGUUCGUGGUGGAGAUCACAGUGGGCCGUGGUGUGCAACCACCUUAAAUUAUGAGUAUGAUCAAAAGUGGGGCAUCUGCUUACAACCAGAAAAUGGCUGUGAAGAUAAUUGGGAAAAAGACGAGCAGAUUGGAGGUUGCUACCAAUUUAAUACUCAGGCAGCUCUUUCUUGGAAAGAAGCUUAUGUUUCAUGUCAGAAUCAAGGAGCUGACUUACUGAGCAUCCACAGUGCUGCUGAGUUAACUUAUCUUAAAGAAAAAGAAGGCAUUACCAGAAUUUUCUGGAUUGGUUUAAAUCAGCUGUACUCUGCUAGAGGCUGGGAAUGGUCAGACCACAAGCCAUUAAACUUUCUCAACUGGGAACCAGGUAUGCGGAGCACACCUACAAUCGGCGGAUCGAGCUGUGCAAGAAUGGAUGCUGACUCAGGUCUGUGGCAGGGCUUUUCCUGUGAGGCCCAGCUGCCCUACAUCUGCAAGAAAUCGCUAAAUCAUACAGCGCAGUUGACAGAUGUUUGGACAUACUCCGAUACCCGCUGUGAUGCAGCAGACUGGCUGCCAAAUGAUGGAUUUUGCUAUCUGCUGGUAAAUGAAAGUGAUUCCUGGGGGAAGGCACGUAUGAAAUGCAAAACUUUCAGCAGUGACCUCAUCAGCAUUCAUUCUUUAGCAGAUGUGGAGGUGGUUGUCACAAAACUCCAUAAUGGGGAUGCCAAAGAAGAAAUAUGGACAGGCCUCAGGAACAUAAAUACACCGACUCUAUUUCAGUGGUCAGAUGGUACUGAAGUUACUCUAACUUACUGGGAUGAGAAUGAGCCAGAUGUUCCCUACAAUAAGACUCCCAACUGCGUUUCCUAUUCAGGAGAGCUAGGUCAGUGGAAGGUCCAAUCAUGUGAAGAGAAACUUAAAUAUGUAUGUAAGAAAAAGGGACAAAAAUUGAAUGAUACAAGAUCUGAUAAGAUGUGUCCUCCAGAUGAGGACUGGAAAAGGCAUGGAGAAACCUGUUACAAGAUUUACAAGGAUGAGGUCCCUUUUGGAACCAACUGCAAUCUGACUAUAACUAGCAGAUUUGAGCAAGAAUACCUGAAUGAUAUGAUUAAAAAGUAUACUAAGUCUCCAGGCAAAUACUUCUGGACUGGCCUGAGAGAUACAGAUGCAAGUGGAGAGUAUAGCUGGGCAAGUGUCGGUGGAGUAAAGCGGGCUGUUACCUUUUCCAACUGGAAUUAUCUUGAGCCAGCUUCUCCAGGAGGGUGUGUGGCCAUGGCUACUGGAAAGUCUCUUGGAAAGUGGGAGGUAAAAGACUGCAGAAGCUUCAGAGCACUUUCAAUUUGCAAGAAAAUAAGUGAGCCCCCUAAGCCUGAAAAAGCAGCCCCCAAGCCUGAAGACCCCUGUCCUGAAGGCUGGCAUAGUUUCCCCUCAGGUCUUUCUUGUUAUAAGCUAUUUCACGUAGAAAGAAUUGUAAGAAAGAGGAACUGGGAAGAAGCCGAGAGAUUCUGUCAAGCACUUGGAGGACACCUUCCUAGCUUCAGUCAUAUGAAUGAAAUAAAGGAAUUUCUUCACUUUUUAAUGGACCAGUUCAGUAACCAGCGUUGGCUGUGGAUAGGUUUGAAUAAAAGGAGCCCUGAUCUACAAGGAUCCUGGCAAUGGAGUGAUCAUACACCAGUGUCUACUAUUAUCAUGGCAAAUGAGUUUCAGCAGGACUAUGAUAUCAGAGACUGUGCUGCUGUCAAGGCGGUUCAUAGGGCAUGGCGAAGAAGCUGGUAUUUCUAUGAUGACAGAGAAUUUAUUUAUUUAAGGCCUUUUGCUUGUGAUACAAAACUUGAAUGGAUAUGCCAGAUUCCAAAAGGUCGUACUCCAAAAAUACCAGACUGGUACAAUCCAGAGCGUGCUGGAAUUCAUGGACCUCCAGUUGUCAUAGAAGGGAGUGAAUAUUGGUUUGUUGCUGAUCCCCACUUAAACUAUGAAGAAGCCGUCCUGUACUGUGCUAGCAAUCACAGCUCUCUGGCUACUUUAACAUCUUUUGCAGGACUGAAAGCCAUCAAAAACAAAAUAGCAAAUAUAUCUGGUGAUGAGCAGAAGUGGUGGAUGAGAACUACUGAGCAGCCAAUAGAUCCUUUUAUAUACUCACGACAUCCAUGGCGUCAUUUUCCUAUAACACUUGGUGAGGAAUGCUUUUACAUGUCUGCCAAGUCUUGGUUUAGCGACUUAAAUAAACCAGCAGACUGUAGUAUCAAGUUGCCCUUCAUCUGUGAAAAAUACAAUGUAUCUUCAUUAGAGAAAUAUAGCCCAGAUCCUGCAGCUAAAAUACAGUGCUCUGGGGAUUGGAUUACUUUUCAGAAUAAGUGUUUUCUAAAGGUCAAACCCAAGUCUGUCACCUUUUCUGAAGCCAGUGAUAUUUGUCACACGUAUGGUGGCACCCUUCCUUCAGUGUUGAGCCAGCGAGAACAAGAUUUUAUUACAUCCUUGUUUCCGGAUAUGGAAGCCACUUUUUGGAUUGGUUUGCGCUGGACUGCCUAUGAAAAGAUAAACAAGUGGAUGGAUAACAGAGAGCUGACAUACAGUAACUUUCACCCAUUAUUGAUUGGUCGAAGGCUAAGAAUACCAAUAAGUAUUUUUGAUGAAGAGUCAUCCUACCACUGUGCUGUCAUGCUCAACCUCCAAAGGUCACCUUUUACAGGGACAUGGAAUUUUACUUCCUGCAGUGAGCACCAUACUGUGUCUCUCUGUCAGAAAUAUUCAGAAAUUGAAGGCAGACAGACCUUGCAGAAUACUUCAGAAACUAUAAAGUAUCAAAAUAAUUUGUACAAAAUCAUCCUGAAGACUCUGACUUGGUCCGAUGCUCUAAGGGAGUGUCAGAAGGAAAACAUGCACCUGGUGAGCAUCACGGACCCUUACCAGCAGGCGUUCCUGACCGUGCAGGCGGUGCUUCAGAACUCUUCUUUAUGGAUUGGACUGUCCAGUCAUGACGAUGAACUCAACUUUGGUUGGUCAGAUGGGAAACGUCUUCAGUUUAAUCGCUGGGCUGAAAAUAAUGAGCAACUUGAAGACUGUGUAGUAUUGGACACUGAUGGAUUCUGGAAAACAUCUGAUUGUGAUGAUGAUCAGCCAGGCGCUAUUUGCUAUUAUUCAGGAAAUGAGACUGAAAAAGAGGUCAAACCAUUUGACAGUAUUCAGUGUCCAUCUCCUGUUCUUAAUACUCCCUGGAUACCAUUUCAGAACUCCUGCUACAAUUUCAUGAUAACAAAGAGUAGAUAUAUAGUAACAGCACCAGAUGAAGUUCAUUCUAAAUGUCAGACGUUGAAUCCAAAAUCACGGAUUCUGAGUAUUCGAGAUGAAAAAGAGAAUAACUUUGUUCUUGAGCAACUGCUACACUACAAUUAUAUGGCUUCCUGGGUCAUGUUAGGUAUAAUUUAUGAAAAUAAUUCUCUUAUGUGGUCUGAUAAGACCAUGCUGUCAUAUACACACUGGAGAUCAGGAAGACCAGCUAUAAAAAAUGGAAAAUUUUUUGCUGGCUUGAAUACAGAUGGCUUCUGGGAUAUUCACACCUUUAAUGUUGUUGAAGACGUGCUUUACUUUCACCAGCACAGCAUUCUUGCUUGCAAAAUUGAAGUGGUUGACUACAAGGAAGAAUAUAAUACUACUCUGCCACAGUUUAUUCCAUAUGAAGAUGGCAUUUAUAAUGUUAUUCAAAAAAAGGUAACAUGGUAUGAAGCAUUAAAUAUGUGUUCCCAAAGUGGAGGUCAGUUGGCAAGUGUUCAUGACCAAAAUGGCCAGCUUUUUCUGGAAGAUAUCGUAAAGCGUGACGGGUUUCCACUGUGGGUUGGACUCUCAAGUCAUGAUGGACGUGAAUCAAGCUUUGAAUGGUCUGAUGGCAGUACAUUUGACUAUAUCCCAUGGAAAGAUAAAAAAUCUGCUGGAAAUUGUGUUGUCUUGGAUCCAAAAGGAAUUUGGAAGCAUGAAAAAUGCAACUUGGUUAUGGAUGGGGCUAUUUGUUAUAAACCUACAAAAUCUAAAGAGGUGUCUUCUCAUACAUACUCGUCAAGAUGUCCAGCAGUAAAAGGGAGUCAGUCACAGUGGAUCCAGUACAGGGACCACUGUUACACGUCUGACCAGGCAUUGCACAGUUUCCUAGAAGCCAGGUGGUUUUGUCCAGAACUUGCUCAUUCUGCAACUCUCGUUACCAUAGAGGAUGAAGAUGAGAAUAAAUUUGUGAGCAGACUGAUGAGGGAAAAUAAUAAUAUUACCAUGAGAGUUUGGCUUGGAUUAUUUCAACUUUCUGCUGAUCAAUCUUGGAAUUGGUUAGAUGGAUCAAAAGUGACAUUUGCCAAAUGGGCAAAUAAAAUUAAGAGUGGUGGUGGACAAUGUAGCAUUUUGUUAGCUUCAAAUGAGACUUGGAUAAAAGUUGAAUGUUCACGUGGCUAUGGAAGAAUUGUCUGCAAAGUUCCCUUGGGCCCUGAUUACAGAGGAAUGGGUGUCGCGCUUGCUGUGCUCUGUGUCUUAGCUCUCAUCAGCGGGCUGAUUUGGUUCCUCUUCCGAAGGAACCGUUUUCACUGGGCGGGCUUCUCUUCAGUUCGGUAUCAACAUGGAGCCAACGAAGAUGAGAUUAUGCUUCCUUCUCUCCAUGAUUAAACUCUUCUAAAGGUUUGCUAAUUUGCACUGAUGGUUUAAGAAAAAUGAGCCAUUAAAGCUUUCCCAGGGUCAGUAUUUACUUUGUUUCAAAGCAGCAGUCUUAAGGACUUUUUUUUUUUUUUUUUUUUUUUUUGUUGAAUUGCUAUGCCCGUAAUCACAAUUACCCACAAAAUGCCAUGUUAAUAACUCUACUUAAUAGAAUAAAAAAGAACCAAAGCUGGAACUAAAGUCCUAAUUGUUCAUAGGGUAAUAAGUUUAAUGUGCAUUUUCUCUGUAAGAAUGUGGCUGCUAACUAGGAUAUGUAUAUUUUAAUAGCAUUUUAACACAAUGUCUUAGGAAAUCAAAAUUAGCAUAUUACUAGGUCACACAUCUACCUUUUAAUUUUUAAGAACAUCCAAGCCAAAUGCAAAAUUGGUAUCUCAAAGUGAAAACAUAACUGUAAAUAACAUCAACAUUGUUUUAAAAGUCAUUUGUAACAUUUGGGGGAAAUUAUUGAACAAUGAAACAUGCUUACUUUUUACACAGCAAAAUGAUGCAUCUUGGCAAGCUUUUCUUAAACUGUUCCAAAGAUACUUCACACCAAAAUUAUUUAAGUGAAAAUGUUUUGUUCUGUUAUACUUAUUUUUUAAAAGGCUUUUAAAGAAGAUUCAGUACCUAACAUUUUUCUGAAGUGUGGGAACAUUAUUUUUAGAUCGAUUAAAUACCCUGCAGCAGUGUGUUUUUUGUCUUAUGUACCACAUACACUGUUUUCUUUUUAAAGGGAAUCAGCUGAUUUUUUUAAAUUUCACAAUUUAUGUACUUUACAUGGUAUGGCAACUUCUGACUAAGAAAUUUUUAUUAUUUUGUUGCCUUUUAACAUAAGCUAAAGAGAGAAGGAGUCUGUGAAGAAAACUGUAUAUCUUACUUCUGUAAAAAUGAAAAUUUUACAAUGAAAUUCUAAACCUGUGAUUACUACUAAAAUACUUAAAAUUAUGAACGGUUAAGGAAACACUGUUUUGUGGUUUAUCAUUUUAAAUUUUACCAUCUAGAAUAUAUUAAUAGUAGCUUCCACUGGAUAUGGUGAAUGUUUUACUCAGUGUUUAACUUAUAUUUGUACUUUAGAAUAUUUUUGUAUAAAGUCCACAGAUUUAUUUUAAAAUUUAGAGUGUUUAUACUAUGAUAACAUUGUAAAUAAUUUUCUAAGACGAUUUUAGUGUAGUCUAAAACUCUAUAGUAUAAUUGUCCUGAGCUUUUUUUUUUAUUAUUGAAUUUGCAGAACUGAUUUUCUUGCUCUAUGAUCUGUAAAGUUUUGGUUAAUAAGACUUUCUUCAAAGAACUAAACCAACUUGAUGCAAAAAGUACAGGUUUAUAUAGUAGUGAUGCCACAGUAAAGUUGUUUUCUUUUAUUUUUUUAAGUAAAAGUGUUAUUGAUCCUUGUGGGGGAAAAAAUCUCUAAAUUGGGCUUAUUAUCUUAGUCAUAUAGCAUGACAAGAAAUAAAGUGUCCAGCUAUUGUAAA